ACGGGGGGGGAGGGAGGAGGAGGAGGAAACGGAAGUUGCUCGCAGACGUCAUAUCCGGCCAGCGCGAGCGAGUCAUGGCGGCCGCAAUGGAGGUGGACACGCCAUGCGCUUCGACCACCGCUGGCGGCGGCGGCAAGAAGCGCUUCGAGGUCAAGAAGUGGAAUGCCGUGGCCCUGUGGGCGUGGGAUAUUGUUGUGGAUAACUGUGCCAUCUGCCGCAACCACAUCAUGGACCUCUGCAUCGAGUGUCAGGCGAACCAAGCAUCAGCCACCUCGGAGGAAUGUACAGUGGCUUGGGGCGUCUGCAAUCAUGCAUUCCACUUCCACUGCAUCUCACGCUGGCUUAAAACCCGGCAGGUCUGUCCCCUCGACAAUCGUGAGUGGGAAUUCCAGAAGUAUGGACAUUAAACUUCAUUUUCCCAAGGAUGCCCUCCCUUCAUGAAGCACUGUCCUUCGCCACCCUGCUCUUCAGUUUUUUUAUUGUUACUUGUUGGAAGUGUGUUUAUGCCUGUGUUGCUGUUUGCUGACAGAAGUAGAUUGAUGUUUGGCAUGAUUUCAAUAAAGUUAUGUGGAUUCUG